GGAAGAGGAGGAGGAGGAGAUGCAGAUGGAGGAAGACAUGGAAGAAGAGGUGGAGGGUAUGGAGAAGACGGAGGAGGAGGAGGAGGAGGAGGAGUUUAAAUUAGACAUCGAGGACCAGGAGGAGGAUGUGUAUCAGUCAGAAGAGGGGGACGAAACUGCGGAGGAGGUCGAGGAGGACAAAGAGACAGAAGAGGAGGACGAUAAUGGGCAGGAGGGCGCGGGAGUGGUCACGGGCCACGGGGCCUCUGCGGCGCGUUCUAAGUCCCUGCCCCGGGAUGUGGUCCAUUGCCAUGCGCAGCCCAGGCACUACACCUACCGUGUCCUGGUCGACCCCAAAACCGGCUGCGUGAUGGUCAGGCGCCGCUGCCUAUGGCCCUCGGGCCCUGCAGCAGAUGCCGUGCCUCCUCAGGGGCAGGAAAACCUGGGAGAGGCAGAUCCUCCCGAGGGCAGAGAACUAGAUUCUCCUGCUGAUUUUAAAUCGGGAAAUGUUGUCCACCACCUUGUGAUGCCAAAGUCCGUAUCAUUCGACAGUAAAGAAGAGAGUGAACAUCAGUAUGAAAACGCUGAUGAAGAGAAAGAGGAUGGAAAUGAGAAACCAGAAGAAGGACCUAAGCUGGAUAUGGUCUCAGCAGAGGGCAGCUCUGGAGAAUACAGCUGGAAGGCAUAAAAAGAAGUGGACAGCAAAAGAAAAGAAGAAUUUGUUCUUCACGGAUAUUCUAGUUUUCAUUAGCCCACAAUACAAAUGUUGUUUCAACGU